AUGUCACUGUCAAAAUCUUCAAGUCAACUGGAGCAUUUGUUGGAUGUUCAAUUUUCUGUUCAGUUAGAGUGCUUAAUCGUGAAUUGUAAUUUAACGUUAACGUACAUGAGUCAUUUUACAUUAUUUUUUCUUGAACUUUCUUACCGAAAGAAAAGGGGAGAUACAGGCAAGGACAGGUCAACAAACAUUGAUGAGAAAGAGAGCAGUAAGGUUAGGGUGCGUGUCGAGGAUAAUACAAACUCUUCUUGGAUUUGGAAAGGGAUAGAGCAGGGGCUUAAAAUAGUACAACAACAUUAUAGAUGGGUUAUCAAAUGUGGUACUAAAGCUCUAGUUUGGUAUGAUAGGUGGGUAAAUGGCCUCACUGAACCAUCAACCCCAAAGCACAACUUUGUUGAGCCGGCAAGAAUAGUAUAUGUCUCAGAUUUGAUGCUUAAUAACCCUAGAAGGUGGAAUGUGCCUCUUAUUACAGAGCUUUUUGAUUCUCAAAUAGUGCAACUAAUUCUUAACAUAAUUCUUGCACCACCAGCUAAUUAUAUAACCCAUAAUCAUCGGCAAGUGCCUACUUUAGUCUGGAAAAGAUUAUGGAAGGUUAAUGUGUCUCAUAAAGUGAAGCUAUUUAUAUGGAAAUGCUUAAAAGGGAUUGUCCCUACCUUGUUCAAAAUCAUCCAUUACAAGACUGGAAUUGAUACUCUCUGCCCUCAUUGUGGAUCACACACUGAAACUCUAGAACAUCUUCUUUAUGACUGCACUUAUGCUUCAUCUGUCUGGAUGGAUAUGAAUGUUAAUGUUUCUAAUUUACAGACUCAGCACAUCCCAGUAUCCACAUGGAUAAUAAGAUGGUUUACUUCCUUUCAAGCUGCCCAUAAUGAAGAAUACAAUAACUGGUUGCUUAUCUUAAUGAACACUGCCUGGCAGAUUUGGAAAAGUCGUUGUGAUAAGCUCGGAACAAAAUUCCUAACAAGCAAAUCCAGGGGCAAGAGCUGCAAUGGAGGACUAGACCCUGAACAGGCUGAAUGCUUGGCCAUAAAGGAAGCACUGCUUUGGGCCAAGAAUUUUUACUCAGUGCACAUACAGCUAGAAUCGGAUUGUCUAAAUGAAGUGACAACUAUCAAUGAUGCUGGCCCUAAUGUACAUUGGGUGAAUCAGGGCAUUGUAAAUGAAAUAAAGCAUAUGUUAUCUACUAUUGUAGGAGUUUCUUUAAAUUAUGUAACUAGGUCAGGUAACAAUGUAGCGCAUAAAAUAGCAAACAGAGCUAGAAAGCUAAGAGCUUCUUUUGAUAUUUUGUAUAAUAUCCCUGAUGAAAUUGAAGAUGCCAUAAGGGAUGAUGUGUUUAACCUGAAGUUAUGUACUUAA